UCAUGAAUACACUCCUACCACUAUGUCAACUGUACGGAAAUCUGUGCUUUGGGCGGAUUGUUUAGCAACCGGUUCACUUCCCUCUCGUGGGCUGCUACGCUAGUAGCUACAGGCAUGCUACUACCAGUAGUAAACUAUACGAGUGGACUUUAAGUAGGUUUAUAGUGCUUUUAUCUGUCAUUAUGGGUGACUCGGACGUGACCGGGGCCUUAACUCGCAGGAGAAGGGCGACUUUCGCGGCGAGGAGAGGCGGGAGUCUGCUGCCGAUGAACGGGAGGUCUGCGGCGGGGUGUCAGGGCUCAGGGACCGCUGACGCGAGCCGAGACAAUGGCCACGGGAAGCGUGACCACUCGCUGGAGACAAGCCGGUCUAAAUCAAAGAGCGUCAAAGAGAAGCGCAGGAAUGACAUUAGUGACAGACUCAGCUGUCAUAAGAGCCAGCAGUCCCUGCUGAGUUCAGCCAGUGGUUACAGUAACUACAGAGGAGUCCUCAACUGGUGUGUGGUCAUGCUGGUGCUGAGUAAUGCUCGCCUCUUCUUAGAAAACCUGUUAAGGUAUGGUGUUCUCGUGGACCCUAUUCAGGUGAUUUCCUUGUUUCUGAAUGAUCCCUACAGCUGGCCAGCAGCAUGCCUUGUGAUUGUGUCCAACGUGUUCAUUCUGGUGGCUCUCUACACAGAGAGGCAGCUGUCCAAGGGUUCAUUCAGUGAACUUGCGGGAUUUCUGGUCCAUUGCAUUAACAUGGCAAUCAUGCUAACAUUCCCUGCUGCAGUGGUCCUGUUGGUCCCCUCCGUGACCCCAGUUGGUGGUGCAUUCGUUCUUGGCAAUUACACCAUCCUCUUGCUAAAGCUGUACUCCUAUAAGGACGUCAACAUGUGGUGCAGAGAGCUGAGCACCGUCAAGGCCAAGAAACUGGCCAGGUCGCUGUCUUGUCCCUCAGCACAGCACCUCAGUGGAAGCGACCAUAAGGUGUGUUACCCAGGCAACCUCACCAUCAGAGACAUGUACUACUUCGUCUUUGCUCCGACUCUGUGCUACGAACUCAACUUCCCUCGUUCGCCCAAGAUUCGCAUGGGUUUCCUGCUGAGGAGGCUGUUCGAGAUGCUGUUCUUCACCCAGCUUUUAGUUGCUCUCACUCAACAGUGGAUGAUCCCCAUCAUUCAGAGUUCCAUGAAACCACUAGAGGACAUGGAUCUGUCCAGGAUGACUGAGAGACUUCUAAGAUUAGCUGUUCCUAAUCACUUGCUGUGGCUGAUGUUUUUCUACUGGUUCUUCCACUCAUCUAUGAACUUCACUGCUGAGCUGCUGCGCUUUGGAGACAGACAGUUCUACAAGGACUGGUGGAACUCUGAGUCGGUGACAUAUUUCUGGCAGAACUGGAACAUCCCCGUACACAAGUGGUGUCUCCGCCAUUUUUACAAGCCGCUGCUUCGGAGAGGGUUUAGUAAAAUGAUCAGCCAAUCAGCCGUCUUUUUCUUGUCGGCUUUCUUUCAUGAGUACUUGGUGAGUGUUCCCCUCAGGAUGUUCAGACUUUGGGCCUUCAUGGGCAUGAUGGCACAGCUUCCAUUAGCUUGGUUUGUCGGUUACUUCCUGCGCGGUAACUACGGCAAUGCUGCAGUGUGGAUCUCGCUAAUCAUUGGUCAGCCAUUCGCCGUCCUGAUGUACGUCCAUGACUAUUAUGUCCUUCACUACAGACAGGAGGCUGACUGAUACUCACACACACACACACACACACACACGCACAUACAUACACACAGUAUAUAUGCAGAUCCAUCAUCUUUCUCUCACUUUGUCUCACUCUUUUAUCCCUCUUGUACACACAAACACAGAAGUAUCACUAACGUCCAGAGGAGGUGACAGACAUUGUUCUUCACAUGUCAGGGUGAACUGAUCACAUCCUGAUUCUAGCUUGUUUACAUUAGAAAACUCGGCCAUUUUAUCUUCCUGCUGUGAAAAAAACAAGAACAUUUCUUCAGGCUGGUGAAAAAUGUUUUGAUAUUUAAAGUGGAAAGGGGAGAAACAUGUUGUUUUUUUACUGUUUUAAUUUAAGUGCACAGUAUAUAAUUUCUGCUGCUAGGGGUCUCUCAAUCAAAACAUGAAAUAAAAGACGUACUUUGAUGAUACUGUGAUGCAGCUAUCAUAGUUUUAUUUAUGUUAUGUUUAGUCACUUCCUUCCUGAAUCUAUUAAGUAUCAUCUGGUGUUUCCCGUUUUGCCGAUGACAGAUUUAUCUGGGUUUGAACAUUGUUAGAAACAUUUGGGAUAAUGUUAAGUACACAACUCAAUAAAAUAUAAAACAUAGGUUGUUUUUUAUAUUUUAAUGAGGAAUUGUGAAAUAUUGUACAUUACCCUGGCUCUGUAAAUGGGAAACAAACACUGUUCCAGCAUUGCCAUUGGCUUUCAGCAUACUUUCGUACGUUUGCUAAUAUGUGUCAUGUAGUUGGGAUGUUAGCUAUAGUGGCAGCAGAGUUGUGGGAAUCGCUGUUUUGGCUCUGGGAAACCAUCUCAUCCAUACAUGUAACUGUAACUGCGUGCCCAUAAAUUUGAGGGGCGGAGCUUCUGAAGGAACACUGAAGGGAGGUGGGUGUAUGGGUGUUGAGUUCAAAUAUCAACACUCUUUCUCCAGAGUGACUCGCCCCACCUUUAAGGAGGAAAGUUUCACUUAUGUAUCAAGUGAUGUUGCCAUGCAGCCUCUCACUCGGGAUUUUUCUUGCAGUGUCUUUUUAAACCUCUGACAGCCAGUUUGGUGAAUGGAUGAAUUACUGCAAAAACUCUUCCUUUUAUUUUACCACAGACGUUUUGUUCUUUUUCAGCUGUUUACAUGAACAGUAUAAAGACUGUGGCUGAUUUUUAUCAAUUGUCAAGUUGACACCAUUCUAAAGUGCCUUUAUAAAAGUUAUGACAGAGAUUUAUGAUCCACUGUGUUUCCUCUUUGCCUUUGUUUGGAACAGAAGGGUCCUGAAUCUGUCUGGUUUUACUGUGAGAUGAAACAUCACUAGCAAAAAUGAAUGUAUGCUGGUUGGAUUUUACUGAGGUACAAUUUGUAAUUUUUUUGUCAUGUUUUACUUUGGCAGCAUUAUUGUCUGUUUCGUUACAGUAACACAUAUUCAAUCGCUCAAUUUUUGUUAAUGGGUAUUGUGUCUUUCUCAUUGGACUGUUGCCAAGUAUUGAUGUAGGAAAUCCGUUGUGAGUUUCUGAAAAUAAACAUUCAGAGUUCUUGUUA